AUGGCAGAUAAACGACUGGUCGAAGAGGUCCUGGCACAACCGGAUUAUACGAGUAUUGCAAGGACAAUUGAGAAGCAGCGAAGCUUUGAUCCUCCAAACAUUCAUGCCAGUGGCCAUUUUGGUAUCGGUGGCAUCCUGGGUACCAUGGGAAACGCGGCGGAGAGCCCUGGUGACCCACUCUUCUACCUCCAUCAUGGCAACAUUGACCGCAUCUUUUGGGAAUGGCAACAAAAAGAUCUCGAGACGCGUCUCAAUCAAGUCGGUGGGCCCAUUACGCCUUUUGAUUACAGCGGCAAGAACGUUACUUUGGACUUUACCAUCAACAUUGGCUUGUUAGCAGGGAAUGCCACGCUCAAGGACCUGUUAAAUACAGAAGGAGGGACGCUCUGCUACACGUAUUAG